GCAGGGGUGAAAAAAUAAACUGAACGUAUCACUUUAAAAAUCUGCAAUCUGUGGUUCAGCAGAGACCACACUGGUGUUCGAAGGGCAGUGUGGGAAAUAUCGACUAUUUCGCCUGGGAUACGUCGUGUUUCACAGCAGUUUCGAGCCUGUUACUUGUACUUAUUUAUUACACCUUAUUCUGUCUGCAUAGAUAGGUCCCUCAAAAGCACUUAAUAUUGUUUACCAAAGAAAUGGUGAUGGAGAAGCCAAGUCCCCUGCUUGUAGGGCGGGAGUUCGUGAGGCAGUAUUACACACUCUUGAACAAGGCACCCGAUUAUCUGCACAGGUUUUAUGGGAGGAAUUCUUCUUAUGUUCAUGGAGGAAUUGACCCAAGUGGGAAGCUGGCAGAAGCUGUGUAUGGACAAGCGGAAAUCCACAAGAAAGUCAUGUCAUUGCAGUUCAGCGAGUGCCACACAAAAAUCAGGCACGUUGACGCUCACGCCACACUGAGUGAUGGAGUUGUGGUUCAGGUCCUGGGAGAGCUGUCUAACAAUGGCCAACCAAUGAGGAAAUUCAUGCAAACAUUCGUGCUUGCUCCAGAAGGAUCAGUGGCAAACAAGUUCUACGUCCACAACGACAUCUUCUGUUAUGAGGAUGAAGUGUUUGGAGACUCCGAGGCUGAGCUUGAGGAAGAGUCUGAGGAAGAGGUUGAGGAGGAGCCUGAGGAGAGGCAGCCAUCCCCCGAACCGCUUCAGGAAAGCCCUAACAGCACAUCCUACUAUGAAACUCACCCUGUCGCGAAUGGUGUAGAGGAGCCUAUGGAGGAACCAGCCCCAGAACCGGAACCAGAACCUGAGCAGGAGCCAAAGGCCGAGGAGGUUAAACCUGAGGUGGAGGAAAAGGUUUUGGAAGAGCUGGAGGAGAAGGCGCCGUCUCCGACGCCUGUAGAGUCUCCACCAAACACCCAGGAGCCUGCUAAGCCUUUCUCCUGGGCUUUGGUGACCAGUAAAAACCUGCCUCCUUCUGGCACAGUCACCUCCUCUGGACUCUCUCCUCAUGUUGUUAAAGCCCCAAGCUCACAGCCACGAGUUGAAGCAAAGCAGGAGACGCAGGCGGCACCUCUGCGCCCCAGAGACCAGCGCACCCGUGAUAGACCGACCUUCACCCAGCGAGGUCCCCGAUCCGAAGGGGUUCCGUCUUCAGAGUCACAAACGGGGAAACCACACAUAAGUUUUGUCAACAAAGGAGGAAGAGACGCUGAAUCUGGUGACAUGGACAGCAGACGGAUCGUGCGGUACCCUGACAGCCACCAGCUUUUUGUUGGCAACCUCCCACAUGACAUCGAUGAGGCCGAGCUCAAGGAGUUCUUCAUGACUUAUGGCAACGUGGUGGAGCUGAGAAUUAACACCAAGGGUGUCGGUGGAAAGUUGCCCAAUUUUGGAUUUGUGGUCUUCGACGACUCUGAUCCCGUGCAGAGAAUCCUGGGGGCCAAGCCCAUCAUGUUCCGAGGCGAGGUUCGUCUGAACGUGGAGGAGAAGAAGACCAGAGCUGUGCGCGAGAGAGAGACCCGAGGCGGGGAUGACCGCCGAGACAUGAGGCGCAGCGACCGGGGCCCUGGCGGUUCGCGAGGCAUUGUCGGCCCUGGGAUGAUGCGUGAACGCGACGGGAGGGGACCGCCACCUCGAGGCGGAAUGGCCCCCAAACCCGGCAUGGGUCCAGGAAGAGGCUCCGGCGGGCAGGGGGAGAGCCGCUUCACCCCACAGCGCCGCUAAGAAGAGCACCACCUGUAGUGUGGAAGUAGUAUUGUGUUCUUCAUCUUCAGCCGUUCUCAUUAAUGAAAAGAAAUCAUCAUGUAUAAAGUAUAUAUUUGGUGGUGUAUUUUUUUUUUUUUCCCGGCUUUUUUUUUUUCUCCCCCCCCUCUCCAUCUUGCUUUGGAAUGUGACACAGCCUGUCAACCAUCUCUGUGAAAUAGACAAAACAAGCAAACAACAAAAAUGUUCACUUAUUAGUUGUGAGCUGAGCAUCCUUUUUUUUUUCCUCUUUUUUUUUUGGGUAUCUCAAGAGUUCAAACCUGAAUUUGUCAAUUUGUGAUUGAAGGCAACCUAAGCAGCACUAGUCUGCCACAUUUAGGAGGGACUGAUGAGACUUUAAUCUACAGCAGAACAGCCCAACAGUUUCAGAGAGAUUAUAAGCCUUGACAUAACUGAGGUAUUAAUUCAUAAAAUUCCUCAAUUGCACAUUUUAUAUUGUAGAUUUCUGCCCGUCAUUGAGGGGAAAGUGAUAUGCAGGAUUUGGUUUGCCUUUCACCUUUCCCCUGUUUUGAGAAAGAGACCACUGCUACAAAAUUGCAUAAUGCACUCAUCAAUAUGCACUAACGGGUUCCUUUGUGUCGUUCCAUUGACGUCCUCGCUGGGACCGCAGCUGAAGAGGCCUGUGUUAAAGCUGUUUCACAGCCUGGCUGCUGUGACCAAUGUACUAUUGUAUCUUUGACCCAAAACUACCCUGCAGUCACUGCUGGAUGGACAAACAAAUCUUUUUUUUUUUUGUCAUUUGUAAAUAAAGGUUAACUCCUGGACAUGACCUUUUACCAAACAAGUUGGGGACGGAGGAUCAGCAGAUCGAUGAUGGUGGCUCGCUGUUUAUAUUUUGAUUCCAGCUUUUUUUUUCUCCUGCCUGCUUGACUGCGAAACUGGGAUGAACGAAACCAUUUCUCCCUCUUCCCUCCCUUCCUGUCAUGAAUGUGGAGAAACUGAAUAAAUGUAAAGCAAACAAAAUCAGUUGAUUAUAUGCUUUGCUUUUCUGUGUAUAAUUAUUUUCUCUCAACUUGGUUUAAGGAUAAAAUAGCAUGAUGGUGCCUUUCGAGUUCACCUCUUCAAGUCUUACUGAAGUGCAAAGCGGUUCGGGGUUUACAGAGCUGCUGCUUUUUGAACUAUAAUCUGCAGAUAGCAGACAGAAAUCUAACAGUAUUCAUAAGAUUUAUGUUAUUCAGGUCCAGACUUUACUCUUUCCGUACUGUUUGACUACCUAAGAUGAUCUGCUGUGAGCUUUGUACAUUUUUAUUUGCUGUGAUUCUCUUGGGUUUUAUUUUUUUUUUAAUAGAUAACAGGUGCCUGCCGUUUGUUUAAAUGGGUAAUAAAUGCAUCCAAGGAACUUUCAGUCCGAAACAAAAGGUACAUAAACGGUUAUUAAAAUGUCUAAUCCUUGGUUUACCAGAUCGUUGCUCCACAGGGGCUUGAAUUACUGUCGGACUUCUUAUUCCACCUGGUGGCAGAACUUAAGAUGGUCCUUGGACUCUAAAGUUUGUUUCCCAACGGUUUUGUACCUGCAGCGUUCGGUCGAGUAAAUAUUUGUGAACAUUUUUCUAUUAAUGCAUUUGUAUUUUCACAUGCUGAUCGUUCACUGAUCAUUUUAGUGUUUUUUUUUUUUUUCUGCUUCAGGCCAAAUUAGUUCUGUGGCCCUUUGAAUGGAUUUUUAUUUUCUGUUUAUCAUUCAGUAGGGAGGGAAGUGGGGAAGAAACAUUUAAUUACUCCUUGAUUUAUUUUGUCUUGCACUGAAAUGGAAAGUUAAGUCGUUAUGUAGCUUUGUUAUUUUCCUCUCCUUGAUAAAUAUACUUUGGUCUUC